AUGUUACAGGCCGCUUUUAAGCCGAUCCCCUUCCGCCACCGAGAGCAGGGACAGGCCCAGCCUGCUCCGCCCUCAGCCGGGCCCUACUGGAAGGACGGUGGUGAUGAUCCAAUUUCAAGAGAUGAGGGAAGGCUUGAAACAAUCUCAUCGAGCGAAUUGGGCGCUGCGCACCGCGCAUGCGGCCUGCAUGACACACCACUCCGCAAGAUGCGCCGGCCUUCGGAUGGAUCCCCGGGUCGCGGACUGUUGAGGGAUGAGCAAGCAGCCCGCGACUCGUACGUGCUAGUUGGGACGGCCCAAGAGAGUCGUGGUGGUGGGUGCGAGACGGCCGAAGAGGGGUCCGGGGAUGCAUCCGGCGCUGCAAGAGCAGCCGCCGAGGCCCAAUAG